AAAGUCGUCAUAACAAAAAAAUCUUUUAUAUAGGCCAUCCAUCUUCAAAUACGGGAUAUAAGUGGAAGCCAUUUUUUCGCUUUCGUUCAGCGCAGGAAGUUUAAUUUUCCCCUGCUUGGCCGUUCUUAGCCAUGGCUCCAUUUUAUCAACGUCCCGAAAAUGCUCUUAAAAGAGCAGAAGAGUUAAUUGCGGUUGGUCAAAAUGUGGCCGCUCUCCAAUCUCUUCACGAAAUUGUUAUUUCCAAGCGGUCACGCAACACGCCUCUCGUUGCAUUAGAGCCAAUAAUGCUCCGAUUCGUAGAACUAUGCGUAAAUUUGAGGAAAGGAAAAACUGCCAAAGAAGGCUUACAUCAAUACAAAAAUAUCUCGCAAAAUACCAGUGUUGCAACUAUUGAGCUUGUUAUUAAAAAAUUUAUUGAACUUUCUGAGGAGAAGGUGACUGCAGCUCAAGCAAAAGCUGAUCAGAUUACUUUAGAUGCUAUUGAUGACCUUGAGGCAUCUGAAACCCCAGAGUCAAUUAUGUUAAGUACAGUGAGUGGUGAACAGAGUAAGGAUAGGACGGAUAGGGCCGUUGUCACUCCUUGGCUAAAGUUUUUGUGGGAAGCAUACAGGACUGUUUUAGAUAUUUUAAGAAAUAAUGCCCGCUUGGAGAUAUUAUAUCAACAAACGGCACAUCAAGCAUUCCAAUUUUGCCUUAAGUAUACUCGAAAAACUGAAUUUCGUCGUCUUUGCGAUCUUCUUCGUAAUCAUCUUCAGAAUAUUGCAAAAUACGCACAUCAACAACAUUCCAUAAAUCUGAAUGAGCCCGAAAGUCUUCAACGUCACUUGGAUACUAGGUUUAAUCAAUUGAACGCAGCUGUUGAACUAGAAUUAUGGCAAGAAGCAUUUAGAUCCGUUGAAGAUAUUCAUAAUUUAUUAUCAAUGUCAAAAAGGCCAGCAAAGCCUGUUAUGAUGGCUAAUUAUUAUGACAAAUUGACAAAGAUAUUUUUGGUUAGCGAAAAUUAUUUGUUCCACGCUGCUGCUUGGAACAGAUAUUAUACUUUAGUUAGAGCUCAGAAUAAAGCUUUAACCGAUGAAGAAAAUACUCGAAUGGCUUCUUUUGUCUUAUUAUCCGCUCUUGCUAUUCCUGUUAUUACCAGUUCAAAGACUCGUUUACUUGAAAUUGACGAUAAUAAAAGUAAAACUCAUAAACUUGCCGCUUUAUUAGGAAUGAGUCGUUCACCAACUAGAUCUGGAUUAUUAAAAGAAGCUCUCAACAAAAAUAUUCUGCGACGUGUGCGUCCUGAAUUAAAAGACCUCUACAACAUCUUAGAAGUCCAAUUUCAUCCUUUAUCAAUUUGUAAAAAGAUUGAACCAAUUAUGACUCAUCUUGCUCAAGAUUCCGAGAUGGCCAAAUAUGUGAAGCCUUUACAUCAGGUCAUUUUGACUCGUCUCUUCCAACAACUUUCUCAAGUUUAUGAUACUGUUAAACUUGAGUUUGUUAUCAAUCUCGCUUCUUUUGCACCUCCUUAUAAUUAUGAUGCCGCUACUAUUGAAAAAUUUAUUAUGAAUGGUUGUAAGAAAGGAGAGCUUUCGAUUAGAAUUGAUCAUUCUACAAAAAGUUUGACAUUCGAAACCGAUCUUUUUGCGGCUUCUAAAAAUGCUGAUGCAGACGGUGCUAAGUUACAAGCUUCACCUGCUGAUAGAAUGCGGGAUCAACUUUCAAAGCUUGCAAAAUGUUUUUAUACUACUGUUCAUAUGAUAGACCCUACCAUAAUUCAAACCAAAAAAGAAGCAAGGGCUCAAGCUAUAUCACGUGCUUUAGCUGGUAUGGAGGAGGAACAUAAUAAUGCUCUUGCACGUAAAGCUAUUAUUGAGCGCAGAAGGGAACUAGUAGAGACAUUAUUAGUACGUAAAGAAAAGGAAGAACAAAGAGAACGAGCUAUUCGUAAAAAGCAAAGGGAUGAAGAAUUAAAACAACGACAAAUGGAGGAUGCUAAGAGACGUGAAAUAGAGAGGAAAAAACGUGAAAUUGAUGCUAUUCAUAAGGAGGAAGCUCGUAAAAUAGCAGAGUCUCUGAAGGCUAAAAAUUUUAAUAUUCAGAUUGAAGAUUUGGAGAAUUUGGACACAGACAGUUUGGUUCAACUCCAAGUUGCACAGCUUGAAAAGGAAAAACGAGAGCUAAAUGAACGGCUUAGAGCUACUGCUAAACGCAUGGACCAUCUUGAACGCGCUUACCGUAAAGAAGAAAUUCCUCUACUUGAAAAAGAUUAUGAGCGACAGAUGAAAGCAGACAAAGCUUAUCAUGAGGCUGCUCGUAAAUUACAACUUGAAAUGUCUGCUACUAAGCAUAUCGAGGAUCUAAAGGUGAAAGCGAGAUUAAUGAGAAUCUUGCCAGAUUAUCAAAAACAUCGUAAUGAAAUUGAAAGCAAACGAUCUGAAGAGUUUGAACAACGUAGAAGUACUGCUCAAGCCAAAAUUGAAGAAGAAAAAGAGAGACGACGACAAUUAUAUAGAACUAAAAAAGAGGAAGAAAGAAAAAGAAAAGAAGCGGAAGAGGAGACAAAGAAAAGGGAAGAAGAAGAAGAGCUGCGUCAAAAAGAAGCCGAAGAACGUGCUGCACAAGAACGUAUUGCAGAUGAAGAGGCCAGGCAGAAGAAACUUGAUGAACAAGCUGCCAAACAGCGUGAAGCAGAACGUUUGGCCGAAGAAAAAAUAAAACAGCGUGAUCGUGAAGCAGAACAAAGAAGAAUUGAAGAGAGAGAACGUGAAAGAGAACGAGAAAAAGAGCGAGAUGAAAUCGCUCGACGGGGAACGGGUGGUGGCUAUGUUCCUCCGAAUAAACGCACUACAUCUACUACAUCUACUACAUCUACUACAUCUGAAACUACAAGUUGGCGUCGUCCUACUGAACAAACUAGUCGUGAAGAGAGUAGUGCCUGGUCAAGUUCGUGGCGUCGAAGCGGAUCAGGGCGAGGUACUGUUCCUGAAGAUGGAUCACGACCAGAAUGGCGUAGAUCUGAUUCUGGGCGUGUCGUUAAUGAAGACAGUGAAAAGCGAAGAAUCGAGCCUUCACGACGUACUACGGCCGAAGAAACGGAAUGGCGUCGGUCAGAUUCGGGGCGAGGUUCAACAAGUGAAGAAAAAUCUUGGCGUCGGUCGUACCGUGAGGAAUCCAGUUCUAAACAAGAAGGUUCAUGGAGACGUGGUGGUCCGCUACCAUCAGAUCGUGGAGAACGUUCAACAAAGAGCCGUGAAGAUUCUUGGAGAAAAGACACUGAUGAUUCAGAAACAUCCCCCUCAUCAUCUCGGGGGCCAACACGUAUUUUGAAAUCAGAGGGUAGCUGGAGGUCACGUGCUAAACAAACAGAAUCUUCAGGAAUGGAAAGCACUGCAUCUGGGCUUUGGACAACUACCUUACAGGAACAAAAAUUAGAUGAUCAAGAUGAUCAAUAUCAUGAUGAGCCCGAAGAGGAUCAAACGAUGUCUCCUGAGCGUGAUGAAUCAUUGGCUAGAUCUGAAAACAAUUCUAAAACACCAGUUUCAUCGGGUAAACCCAUUGAACCGGAUGAUGAUGACGGUUUUAUCCCGGUUAAAAGCAAGCGACGUGGUAAAAAUCAAACUGGGUCCGGGCAAGAUUUGGAAUAAAAAGACUUCGAUGAUUCAAUAGCAGUUGUAAAAAGUUUUUUCUUUUUUUAUUCUCAUUUAUUUUUAUAUUUUAUUUUUUAUUUUAUUGGAAUUCGUGUUAGCGGUAUAGCAAUUUAAAAAAUGAACGAAAAUAUAUGUAUAUAUUUAUAUUAAAAAGCUGAAAAUUUUCCUCCAUACAAUAUAAUAGCAAAAUUAUCCUUCUGUAAUUUGGCAGUC